AUGCCUAAAACGAUGGCCAAACGUUGCAACCAUUGCAAGAAGGGAAUACAAGUUCUGCGCUACUGUCGUUCUCAAGGUGUGCAGCGUUGUCUGUAUCGUGUUAUUUUUCGAGCGAUUUUGGUUGAAAUCGCUUUUGACGACUUCUUGACUCAGAGGCCACUGCAGAUAUUUCAUAUAGCUUCUUUCAAAUGCAAUCAUAAACAAAUGCUUGUAUGCAGAAAUGGUUUAUUAAUCAACAGUAAUACUGUACAUUUCAGUGUAAUUCCCACUAAGAUUCUCAAUGUUCAAUAUAUUGAAUGCUUAUGA